AUGGCCACCAACAACCAGUACGGUCGGCCCUCGACCGACGACUACGCCGAGGACCGCCCCCUCAUGGACCAUGACCACGGCAGCGGCCACGAGGCCCAGCGCCGCCCUCGCGCACCGCCGUCUCUCGGCCAGCGCCUCAGGCGGCAGCUCAACGACAUCUUUGCGCCCCUCGCCAAGCCCCACGAGCUGCGACCGCUCGAACGCUUCCUCAUCGCCCUCGCCGCCAUCUUCCUCCUCCUCGCCGCCGUAUUCAUCGGCCUCUUUGCCGGCUCCCAGCACCGACUCUCUCACCGCCCCUCGGCGCCCGCACCUCGCCCCGCUCCCGGCAACCCGCACCACGACCCGCCCACGGGCGAGGUAUGUACCUCCAAGGAGUGCGUCAUCGCCGCCAGCGAGGUGCUCCGCGGCAUCGACGAGUCCGUCGACCCCUGCGACGACUUCUACUCGUUUGCCACCGGAGGCUGGGCAAAAAGCCACCCCAUCCCCGGCGACGCCGGCGCCUUUGGCACCUUCCAGUACGUCGCACAGGAGAAUGCCAAGAUCAUCAAGCAGAUCCUCGACGACGCCGCGUCGCCCAAGCUCCUCGACAGCCACCCUGACGACGAGCAGGCCAAGGCGGACCGCCACAGCCUCGCCAAGCUCAAGGGCUACUACGACUCGUGCAUCGACACAAAGGCGCAGGACAAGCUCGGCGCCAAGCCGCUUCUCGACGUCGUGCACGAGCUCAAGGCGCGCCUGGGCUUCGCCGAUGAAGCCGCCGCCGACGAGCUCGACUUGGCAGCUGCUCAGGAGCCCGAGUCGCCGCUCUUUACCCUGCAGGCCACCUCGGGCAAGCCCAUCCCGCCCAACCAGCCUCCCAGCCGCUCUCCCAAGCCGCACCCACCCAGGGACAGCCCCAAGCCCCUGCCGCCGUCGGGUCGCCGUCAGCGCGGCCUGACAAGGGCGCUCGCGUGGGCCCACAGCCGAGGCCUGCCGGCGCUCUUUGAGAUUUCCAUGGACGGCGACGCCGUCAAGGACCCAAAGGCGGCCACGCCGUACCUCUUCCCCUCGGGACUUGGCCUGCCCGACCGAGCCUACUACGACGACGAUGCCGUGCUCGACUUCUACCGCGGCGUCGUCGAGCAGGCGUUCCGCGCGCUCGACAAGGAGGGCAAGCACGGCAAGGACGUCCACGCCGACAAGAAGGGCGGCAAGGGCCGCGCACCUUCGCCCGACUUUGGCCAGCUGGCCGGUCAGGUCGUCGAAUUCGAGCGCCAAAUCGCCCGGAUCACACCGGACAUUGAGGACAUCUACGACCCGAUCGGCUCGUACAACCCCGUCAACACGUCUUCGCUCUCGUACAGCUUCCAGUCGAUCGACUGGCCGUCGUACAUCUCGGCGCUCACCGUCCGGACGCCAAAGACCUUUAUCCUGACCAGCCCCAAGUUCCUUACCUCGCUCGACUCGCUCGUGUCGCGCACGCGCUCCAGCGUGCUCGAGGCCUACUUUGUCUGGACGGCGGCGCGCGAGCUCGGUAGCGCGCUGGGACCCAACGUGGCGCUGCGCGGCCCCGCCGAGCGCCUCUCGCGCUACCUACGCGGCGUCGACGCCGACGCCAAGGAGGACCGGGACAAGGUGUGCCUGCAGGACCUCGACGAGGCGCUCGGCUUCAUGUCCGGCCGCUUCUUUGUGCAGAAGGCGUUUGGCGGCGACAGCCGGGACCGCGUCGAGGCCAUCAUCCGCUCGGUCAUCGCCGCCUUCAAGUCGCGCCUGCCGGACCUCGACUGGCUCGACGACAAGACGCGCGCCAAGGCCGAGGAAAAGGCCGACGCGAUCCGUGUCAUGGUCGGGUACCCCAAGUCUCCCAACACGACCGACGCCGUCGCGGUGCGCCGCUUCUACGACGACCUCGAGGUCGACGGCGCCGACUACUUUGGCAACCGGCUGCGCAGCUCGGCGCGCAAGGUGAGGCGCGACUGGGCCCAGGCCAACCGGCAGCUCGACCCGGAGCGCUGGGACAUGACGCCUUCGCUCGUCAACGCCGAGUACUCGCCGCAGGGCAACUACAUCCUCUUCCCCGCCGGCAUCAUGCAGCCGCCCUACUUCCACGUCUCGUGGCCGUCGUACCUGCAGCGCGGCUCGUUUGGCGCCGUCGCCGGCCACGAGCUGUCGCACGCCUUUGACCCGGACGGCCGCCUGUAUGACAAGGACGGCUACCUGCGCGACUGGUGGAGCGAGGAGACGGCCAAGGAGUUCCAGCAGCGCCAGUCGUGCCUGGCGCGCCAGUACGCGCGGUACACGGUGCCCGACGGCAAGGGCGGCCAGCUGCACCUCAAGAGCAACUUUACAAAGGGCGAGGACGUGGCCGACGCCGGUGGGCUCGCCCAGUCGUACCGCGCGUGGCGCGACGAGCUGGCCCGGGGCGGCGCCGACGUCGAGCGGGCCAACGCGCUGCUGCCCGGCCUGGGCUACACGCGCGAGCAGCUCUUCUUUAUCGCCUACGGCCUCAGCUGGAGCCAGAACUCGCGCGACAGCGAGCUGGUGCGCCGCCUGCGCACCGACCCGCACUCGCCCACGCGGUACCGCGUCAACGGCGUCGUCGUCAACAACCCAGACUUCCGCGAGGCGUUCGGAUGCCGGCCGGGCAAGGACAAGAUGGCCAAGAAGCCCGAAGACGUCUGCAGCAUCUGGUAG